AUGGCAAGUUGCCUCGACUUCGUAUAUGUGGAUGUCUUCACAACGACACCUUUCAAGGGCAACCCUCUUGCCAUUGUACAUCUACCGCAGCCUACAGCAUCACAGCCUGCCUUGACGCAAGCACAAAAACAGACAAUUGCAAGGGAGCUCAAUCUAUCGGAAACGGUCUUUAUCCACGACUUGGAUGGGACUGGCAAUGGAGGUGAUGAUGCCAGUCAACGCAAGAUCGAUAUUUUUAUGCCUACCCUCGAGCUGCCUUUUGCUGGCCAUCCAACUGUCGGUACCGCCGUGUAUUUGCAGACUGCCAAAGUGAACACGCUCAUCACCAAAGCGGGGCCCAUUGCGAUCCAUGCCAAUAGCCCUGGUCUGGUCGCUAUAAGCAUCCCUCAUAGAACGCACUUACACCUCAAGAGGACGAGAGACCUAUCAAGCAGUCUUCAUGCCACGGGACUACAUAAUGAUGCCGCCAUCCUCGAAGCAGAACUCGCGGCACCAAUCUUCAGCAUCGUAGACGGGAUGAACUUUGGGCUCAUCAAGCUCCAGACCCUUGAACAGCUUGCUCUUGUCUACCCUGGACCGUCGGCCUUCAGCACUGCGAACGAACUUCUCGAUGCUGGCUGGCAGAACACGUACAUGGCUCGCUACUACUACGUCGUACUUUCAUCGACAAGCGUUUCUAGUUUGAGCAGACACGUUGCCCUGCGGACGCGCAUGAUGCAGAAAAGCUUUGAAGACCCAGCCACAGGAGCUGCAGCUGGAGCAUUGGGCUCAUACUACGCGCUACACGAAUGUACAGAACUCGAAGUGCAGAUUGCUAUCACACAAGGUGUUGAGUUUGGACGACGCAGCGACAUCGACGUCUAUGUGGCUGUUGGUAUUGAAGGUGAGGGGAAGAGGUUUAUCAAAGAGAUACGGUUGGGAGGCACAGCCACGCAGAGUCUGAGGGGAACCGUCAUGGUUCCGCCCAUCUAG